AUGACGAAAAUUCGUGGCCAAACGAGAACCAGGAUUCGACAGAUCGGUCCUUCGGGUGGUGGUCAGAAGAUCGCGUCCGACCUAAGGGUGAAGAUCGCAAAAGGCGGCCCUUCGCGUGGUGGGGAGACAAUCCCGUCCUACGUACGGGCAAAGAUCCCAGAAUUGACCCUUAUCCGGGGUGGGAAGGGCAAUACUUCGCGAAUGCUGGUCAAGAUCCCAAAAAUCAGCCCUUCGCGUGGUGGGAAAGGGACCACUUCCGGGGGACAGGCUGAUGAGGAUGCCAGCGAAGAUGGCGAGAGGGAAACCAAGGAUGUUGUAAGAUGGUUGGGUGGCGUCGUCUCAAGAAUCUCUGGAGAGUCAGACCACAUCGUGCAUGCCACCGCGUUCACACAGCCCAGCCAGAAGAGCAGAUUGCGUGUAGCAGAUUAA